GCUGUUCCCGCCAGUGCCUCUGGUAUGGCGGGAGAUGGCCUCCUCGACGCGGGUGCGGCAGUGACUCAGUACCCGGCCGGGGCCUGGGCGGUCGCGGCUCCAAGGUGGCACAACUCCUUGUUUGAGGACCAGGGUCCGGCAGACGUGCACCCUGCCGAGUCGAGUUCCUCAGUAAUCCUCAAGGCACUAUGGAUGCCCCUGACUGUCCAGACAAGAGUCACCUACAAGGAAAUGCAGAAAAGAAAAACUCAAAGGUGUUUCAAUGAAGAGUAUCAAGGGAACAUCUACAAAUUCCAGACUGGUGCCUGCAAGUUCUCAGGAUGGAGGAAUAAUCCGGUGUGUCUUGAUGACGUUUGGAGAUGGCUGAGGCAGAGCCACAAUAGGGUAGUGGCUGAUACCAACUCAUAGCUCAUCUUUUCCAGACUCUAGCGUCAUAUCCCGUAACGUGACUUCCUGCUGAGUGCUCCCUGAUAUCCAACACUAAAGCUACGAAAUACGUCUUCACUCACGUGUAGAAGUCUCGCGUGAACAGAGCUGUGAUGCACCACAUAUGGCUAACACUCCAGAAGAAUUUCAAAUCAAAUGGGCUUUCCCCCUGGACUUCCUAAAAGUGAGACCAGCUGCUGAUACAUGUAGCCAAUUUGCCAACCAGCUCCUUUUUAAAGAACAAGAUGCUGAUGUGAUCUCAAAAAGAAAAGUCUUCCAGAAGAGGACAGACACAGUUCUGGUUUUUGAACACUGUAACCGGUGGCAUGAUUAGGGCUGGCUCCUCUAUCCACGAAGCCAGGUGUUUCAUAACUAACAGUAACAUUCUCUUGGCCCUAAUUUGAAUUUGGGGCGUGUGUUUAAAGUAGAGAACAGCAAUAGAAAAAUGUGGAACUCAAGCUCUUGCUCUCCAGAUAAACAUCUUGUAGUAACGAUAACUUGAGAAUGUCCUGAAUAGGAGAGUUGGCCAUGCAGUGUCCACACGGCAUUCUCUUCGAUGAGGAAUGAAAAGGAAAGGAAAAGAAAGCAAGCGCCCGAAGGGAAAGCAUCUUGAUUCCUCCCUCGAAUCUUUGCUGUGGCUGAGAUGUUCUCCAAGAAGAGCGGUGUCAGGCAGGACAGGUCCCGGAGGGAGUGUUUCCGGUCCUCUUCUCAGCCUUAGAGAGACAGCGUCAGCUCGUAUGUGGACGCGCAGCGGUGCAGACUGACCCUUGCAGGGACGCUCACUCAGCAGGCUGCUCACCCUGACCGUCGUAAGAGGAAAAGGCCCAGUGGCAUCAGAGCCGAGUGAUGGACGAUCUGCAGUCCCAGAACCUCUCCAUGGACAUGACUGACUCCUCUCCCGCCUUGGCCAAUAACAGACUGGAGAAUGGCAUGGCCCAGCUGAUCACCACCGAGGCCUGGAACAUCAACUCCACCGACCUGGUAAAGAAGGCCCUGGUGACCGUGCCGGCCCCAUCCAUCCUGAACCCCCCAGCCGAGUCUCAGGGCGGCAUGGCUCUGAAGGUGGCGGCCACUGUGCUGCAGCCCCUGUGCCUCGGGGAGAGCCCGGUGGUGAUGCCCAUUCACAUGCAGGUGGAGGGAAGCCCUGCGCCCGAGCUCAACCCUAACGGCCAUGCGGCCUAUGUCAUGACCACGCAGGGCCCCGUGCAGCUGCCGGUGGUGCUGGAGCAGCACGUCUUCCAGCACCUCAACUCCCCUCUGGUCCUGCCGCAGGAGGCCCCGUGCUCCUCCAGUGCUAUCCACAACAACCUGUUCCAGGGAGCCGAGGACCCCGAGGCCCGACCGCAGCUCCUGGACCUGCGGAUCCCCAGCCGGCCACAGGAGCCCACGUUGCCGUUUGAAGCUGUGCUCCAGAAUUUGUUCCCCUCACAGGGCGCUCUCGGCCCCCCACCCUGUCAGCCUCCUCCUGGAUACGCGCCCGUGCCCCCUCAGCCCUUUAACUCCCCCCUGUCCCCGCUGGUCCCUCCGGCCACCCUCCUGGUACCCUACCCUGUGAUCGUCCCCUUGCCCGUGCCCGUCCCCAUCCCCAUCCCCAUCCCUGUGCCUCAGAGUCCCGAGUCCAAGCUCAGCUCCGGUUUCCCCAAGCCGCCGUCUUCCUUCGGCCUACACCCCUUCAAAGGCACCCCUAGCCCUCUGGGGAAGGAGGAACUGAAGCCCUUCGAUAUCCUGCAGCCGAGGGAGUACUUCCAGCUUAGCCGCCACACGGUCAUCAAGAUGGGGAGUGAGAACGAGGCCCUGGAUCUGUCCAUGAAGUCGGUGCCCUGGCUUAAGGCUGGCGAAGCCAGUCCCCCCGUCUGCCAGGAAGAUGCGGUCCUGGACCUGUCGCUGGCAGCCCACCGAAAAUCUGAGCCUCCCGUUGAGACACUGUAUGACAGCAGCAGCUCAGUGGACAGCCCAGGUCACGCCGGCGGCAUGGAAGUGCCCUUUGCCCCUGCCACAGCACACGGGGCCUCGGCUGUGAUGGAUAGCCACGUGGGCGGCAGCAACCCCGCCCAGCUGCCCGGCCAGCCCGGCCAGCCCAGCGGCGAGGUCAAGGCUGAAAAUCCCAUGGAGAUCGUGAGCGAGUCCCAGGCCGCCAAGGUUAUCGUCUCGGUGGAAGACGCCGUGCCUGCCAUCUUCUGCGGCAAGAUCAAAGGCCUCUCGGGCGUGUCCACCAAAAACUUCUCCUUCAAAAGAGAAGACUCCGUGCUUCAGGGCUAUGACAUCAAUAGCCAAGGAGAAGAGCCCAUGGGAAGCACAGAGCCCCUUAGGAAACCCGUCAAAAACAGGAGCAUAAAGUUAAAGAAAGUGAACUCCCAGGAAAUACACAUGCUCCCGAUCAAAAAACAACGGCUGGCCACCUUUUUUCCAAGAAAGUAAAUAAUGGCUUUUUAAAAUUUUUAUGAUUAUAAUAUGGGGAAAGGUGCAUUGGUUUUAUAAAAAGGCAUUUAAAACAAAUUAUCUUUGUUAAUUAUUUUGGGGAGUAGUUGGGAAGCGGGAAGGCGAAUUGGCUCUAGAGGCCCUGUAAGCUAGUAUUGUUUUCUUUUUUAAUUUUUGACUUUUCACAAAUGAGUAAAUAAGAGCAACCUAUUUUUCAAGCAGAUUGCACAUUUUUUGCAGCUUUAAUGGAAUAUUGGGUGAAUCAGAGGGGUAAAAAAGCUAUUUUCAUUGCCACAAAGUGCUUUGAUGAUGUAAUACCUAAUAAAGGGUAGGAUGAAUAUUUCACAAUAAAUGUUUGUUUGCACUAA